AUGAGUUAUAUUAAUUUUGGGAAUCGAUGGGGAUAUGUAGCAGAUACAUUUGCAGCUACACAAAAAUUACCUAUAGAUAAUAAAUUAUUUAAAAAUGAAUUGGGAACUGUUAAAAUAAGUGGAGAUCAACAUGUUGAAUAUAUUCCAUCAGAAAAAGCAAAAAAUAUAAAUAAUAUGAUUAGAGUUUAUGGCCAAUUUAAAUUUAAUAAAGAAGCAGCAGAGCCAACAUGCAAUUCUCUCUUUUAUUUUGAAGUUAAAUUUAAUAUUGUUAAAAAACAAUCAGAGAAAGUAGAUAUGGCAUCAAUUGGAGUGGAUAGUAUUAACGGAAUUGUUACUUUUGUUUCUUCGAUGAUGCCUGAUAAUUGUCCAAAAUGUGUUUAUAUUUGUUGUUCUAAAUAUGGAAAAAUUCGUUUUCCUGAAGAAACUUGGAAGGAUGGGGAUGUUUGUGGAUGUGGGGUUGUCCUUCCCCCUAAGAGUUCUUCUGAUAAAAAACCUUAUAUUUUCUUUACAAAAAAUGGAAAAUUAUUUGGGAAAGCUGUUGCUUUAGAAAAUAUAGCAGAUUUAUUCCGUCCAUUUAUUGGUGUACAUUCUUGUACUGUUGAUGGUAAUUUUGGGGAAGAUUUGGAGAAAAAACCUUUUUUGUAUGAUACUACCAAACAUGUUACUCCUACAAUUUUUAAAGUUAAAGAAUUCGAUUUGGUUGCUAAAUAUGCUUAA